AUGUCCUCCGAAAACUACUCUAUUGCGUGGGAUUUGCUGCAGAAAAAAUACGAGCACAAAAAGCUCAUCGUGAAGGCUCAUCUUGACGCGUUGGUUGCUUUAGAACCGAUGAAAAAGGAGAGUUACAAUGCGUUGAAUCACCUCAUCAGCGAGUUUGACCGAAACCUUCAAAUGCUGGACAAAAUCGGGGAGAACACUGCACAGUGGAGUACCGUUUUGGUGCACAUGGUGUGUUCCAGAUUAGAUCCUGCCACUAUCCGUCACUGGGAAAAUCAUCACAAGUCCAAAGAGGUGCCCAAAUACACGGAUUUGGUCGAGUUCUUAAGAAGCCAGUGCUCGAUUCUCCAGGCGGUCAAAUCCAACAACCCUGAGGUGAAGAAGCAGAAGUUUACAACAGGUCACGCGUUUGUGCAGGCGAAGCAACAACAUCAGCAACAACAGCGUAGGUGUCCGUUCUGUAAGGAGUAUCCCCAUUCAGCUUUUAGGUGCCAGAAGUUACAGCAAAUGACUGUCCAAGAACGUUACGAAGCAGUCAAGCGAAACGGGCUGUGCUUAAACUGUUUGUCGCCGUUGCAUCUGAUUCGGAACUGUACCAGUGGGAGCUGCAGGCAUUGUCGCCCCUCCCCCUCGAACGCAAUUGCAUUAUCAACUACAACCGAACAACCAUACCGCCAAGUUCUGCUCUCAACGGCCGUAGUGCGUCUUACUGAUCGCUACGGAAACACUCAAUACGCGAGAGCCCUGCUGGACUCUUGCUCGGAAUACUGUUUCAUCACGACGAACCUUGCCCAAAAGUUGAAGCUGGUCGAAGCUGCCAGCUGCCUGUCUGUCGCAGGCAUCGGAGGUUCGGUGGUACAGUCAACGAAGGUGGUAGAAGCAACAGUUUUCCCGCGAUCUCUGCGUAUCUCGCCGUACUCGGAGAACAUUCAGCUGCACGUGCUGCCGAAGCUCACGUCUAGACUUCCAACUGAGAAGAUCAACGUGCAACAGCUGAACAUUCCAGAUGAUCUCAUGCUCGCGGACCCCGAGUUUUACAAGCCUGGUCCGAUUGACAUCAUCUUAGGCGCAGAGUUCUACUACGAUCUACUGGCAGAUGGAAGAUUGAAGCUCUCAGACGAAGGACCCACACUUCAGCAUACCGUGCUAGGUUGGGUAGUUUCCGGCAGGAUUCCCAGCAGCUACAGCAACAUUCCGAAAAUGCUUGCGUAUUCCUGUCACAACGUCGACCUACGAGAGCUAGUCAGCAGAUUUUGGGAGUUGGAGUCUUGCAACACCCGGAGCGCACACUCCGUAGAGGAGUCGAUGUGCGAGGAGAUUUUUGCGAAAACAACAGUUCGAGAUGCAGAAGGCAGAUUUGUAGUUCAGCUGCCGAAGAAGGAUUACGUGAUGGAAAGAUUAGGAGACUCCAAGGACAUCGCCCUGAAACGGUUGGAAGGCAUGGAACGUCGGUUCGCAGUGAACAGCACGCUAAAAACACUGUACACCGAGUUCAUUCAGGAAUAUCUAGCCAUGGGACACAUGGUGGAAGUGCCAGAGGAUGAUACUGCUCAGCGCACGUACUUUCUACCUCACCACGCCGUAUUAAGACCGGAGAGCACAACAACAAAACUCAGAGUCGUCUUUGACGCCUCUUGCCGCACAAUUACGGGUGUUUCGCUGAACGACGGACUGAUGGUUGGACCAGUCGUCCAGGACGAUCUGUUGCCGAUCAUUCUACGGUUCCGUUGCUGGAAGUACGCGCUGGUUGCGGAUGUAGCGAAAAUGUAUCGUAUGGUGCCGAUGGACGAAGCAGAUCAACCUCUUCAACGGAUUUGGUGGCGUGACAACCCUAGCGAUCCAGCCAAGGCCUACCAGUUGACCACAGUAACCUAUGGCACUGCGUCGGCGCCUUACUUGGCCACCAAAUGUCUCCAGCAGCUAUCCGUAAUCGGACAAGAAAGCCAUCCCUUGGCGGCGAAAGUCGUUGGGAGAGAUUUUUAUGUUGAUGAUCUUCUGUCGGGAGCAGCAACCAUCGACAAUGGAAUAGCGCUCGUCGAGGAACUUGUGGAUCUUCUGGACACGGUGGGUUUUACCCUACGAAAGUGGACUUCGAACAGUUCAGAGAUUUUGGAAACCAUUCCGCCAGAGCUUAGGGAUGAACGGAACAUCUUGGAGUUGGAUUCAUCUUCGUCGUUCGUCAAAACUCUAGGAUUGAUUUGGGAGCCCAGCACGGACAGCUUCAGAUUCAAGGCACCGAAGUGGAAAUCGGAAUCGCCAAUCACCAAGAAGGUGGUUCUCUCGGACACCGCGAGCAUUUUUGAUCCAGUUGGACUCAUCGGACCUGUUGUCGUGCAGGCUAAAAUAUUCAUCCAGAAGCUUUGGCAGGAGAAGUACGGUUGGGAUCAAACCCUGGCAGAGGACCAUCGAAACUACUGGUUGGAAUAUCGUCGGAAUCUGAUGGCGUUGGAUACACUCCGUAUUCCUCGUUGGAUUGGUUUAGGUGGAUGCUUGGCAAGCGUACAGUUUCACGGUUUCUGUGAUGCUUCACAACAAGCUUACGGAGCUUGUCUGUACCUGCGAGCAGUUCAGGUCGACGGACUGAUCACGCUGCACUUGAUCACGUCGAAGUCCAGAGUUGCGCCUCUUGAAGACCUAGCUCGAAAGAAGAAGAAGCGUGACAUCACUCUACUCGAACUAUCAGCAGCACUACUGCUCUGUCAUCUCUAUGACCUGGUCCGUCGUAGCAUUCAGCAGGAAAUUCAAGCAUUUUUCUGGACGGACUCGAUGAUAGUGCUAUGUUGGUUAGCUUCACUUCCGUCCCGCUGGAAACCGUUUGUCGCUAACAGGGUCUCGGAGAUCCAACAUGUCACCGUAGACGGCGUGUGGUCUCACAUCGCCGGAGUAGACAAUCCCGCUGAUAUCAUUUCACGUGGUUGUACCCCGGCCGAGUUGCUGUACAAGCCAGAAUGGUACGGUCGUCUGCAAUAUCUACUUUUGGAACAAGAACAGUGGCCAAAGCUCGGCAAUCGCGCACCAGAAUCAGAACUCGCUUUGAAGGAGGAGAGAUCUACAGUUUCGUUGCCCGCUCGAGCUCGUCCACCGAACGAACUCUUUUCUCUGCGUUCCAACUACCACGAGCUCAUCCGUCUGGUCGCGUGGGUUCGACGCUUUGCGCAUAACGCCAGACAUACAAAUCGAGAUUGCCGGAGAACUGGAGAAUUGUCGCACGUGGAGCUACGAGAAGCAUUGACGUUUUUGAUUCGGGUGGCCCAAACAGAAGGUUUUCCCGAAGAAAUAGCGGAUUUGACCAAGAAGAAGCCGAUUCAACCCUCGUCGAAGCUGCUUGCGCUCAACCCUCGGCUGAUAGAUGGAGUAAUGCGCGUCGGCGGCCGGCUGAUGAACGCACCAGUUCCUGAAAGUCGCAAGCACCCGAUCAUCCUGCAUCAUCAGCACCCAUUCACCAAGAUCGUGAUGUCGUACUACCAUUGGAUGCUAUAUCACGCCGGUCAGCAGCUGCUGAUCGCCGCAGUACGAGGGAAGUAUUGGCCAACAAACAUUCGAAGUCUGGCUCGCCAGACGAUCCAUCGGUGCGUAGACUGCUUCAAGGCCAAGCCACGUGUGCACGAGCAGCUCAUGGCUGACUUGCCGUCGGUACGCGUCUGUCCUGCAGCAGCUUUUCAGAAGGUCGGAGUAGACUUUUGCGGACCGUUCUACAUCCGAUACCCAAUUCGGCGCAGUGUACCGGUCAAGUGCUUUGUGGCAAUUUUUGUCUGUUUGGUCACGAAGGCGGUUCACAUGGAAGUAGUAGCAGAUUUGUCAACCCAGGCGUUCCUGGCCGCGUUCAAGCGUUUCGUGGCCAUCCGAGGAAAAUCACAGCUUGUCAUGUGUGACAACGCUACCAACUUUGUAGGAGCAAAUCGAGAACUGCAGAAGCUACUUCAACAGUUGCUCGAUCAGCUUGCACAGCACACAAUAGUACGCACCGCAGAGGAAGAUGGGAUAGAAUUCAAGUUCAUUCCGCCCCGCUCCCCCAACUUUGGUGGGUUGUGGGAGGCGGCGGUAAAAUCAUUCAAGGCACAUUUCCGCAAAACGAUAGGCAGCAGAACGUUGACGUACGACGAGUUGCACACCGUAGUCCAGCAAAUAGCAGCAAUUCUCAACUCGCGUCCAUUAACUCCGCUGAGUAACGAUCCGGACGAUUUCGACGCUUUAACGCCCGGACACUUUUUGACUGGACGGCCGCUCGCUGCUGUUCCAGAGCCCGAUCUUCAAGAGAUACCAGAGAAUCGUCUAGCGCUGUGGCAGAGAACUCAAGCGUUUGUACAGCAGAUUUGGAGAAAGUGGAAAACUGAGUACCUGUCGAACCUGCAGAACUGA